GCCACUUAUAAUCUACCCCGGUACUGGUACUAGUUUUUUGUGUGGACGAUCUGUUCACUUUUAUCACUAACUCAAAUAUUCAGGUUGCUUUCUUCUUCUUCUUUUUUGAUGAAAAAAAAAUCCAGGUUUCUGCUGGUGCCAUUCUUGAGAAUAUGCAAGUUAAGGCAAGAAAAAAGAGAGCAGCAGCAGAGAUGCUGGAGUUUAACUAUAGCAGUUUAAAAUGCAUAAUCCAGGCGUGAUUCAAAACUUGCAACUUGAAGAUUUCAGCGGUGGAGUUGCAUACAUGAUUGAUGGAUGACAAGCAGCAAGAAAAGAGAUGAGGUCCGGACAACACUGGAGCAUGAUAAUUAAGCAAGCUAUGGAAGCCAACACGAUCGAGCUGGAUCCAUCUGGCCAAGAACUCGAAGUUUAAACGCAGCUCAAGCUAAAACCUUAAUUGGAAACUCAAACUGCACGCAGGCCGCAGAACUAUCGCAGGGGAGAUCUCAUCCGUGAAUCAUCGAACACCCUGCCCAUCAGCUCCACCUAUAGAAGGAAGAGUUAAAAGCAAUGAUCAGAAAAGACAAAGCAAGAGCGAAAUUGAUAAGAGAUACAACGAGAACAGGAAGCAAAAGGAGGAUGAGAUUAUGAAAGAGCUCGAAAGCCUGGACAAAAUUUCUGGUGAAUUAGAGCGUGAAAAUGACAAGUUAGAAUGGCAAGAAAAUCAGUUGGAGGUCACUGUAUAUGAGGAAUAUAGAAAAAUUGUUAGCCUGUUGGAGGACAAUAAUGCAGGACAAAAUACUGAUGUGCAGGGGGCAAGCGCGCAUGCCGGUUUUCCAGAUGCAAAUGCUGAUAUCAAUACUUCUGGAGAAAUAUCAAUGGGUCAUGAUGGGCUUAAUGGGCUUAAACGAGAAAUGAACCAAGCCCCGAUCACGAGCAAUGCAGGUACUUUCUCUAGAGAGAACGCAUCCAUGAAUCUUCAACUUGCAGGAAGUUCUGGCUUAACUGAUAUGCGAGAAAAGAAAAGGAUAGCUGACAAAAAAUGUCGUGAAAAAAAGAAGCGUAAGAUAAAUGAAGCCCAGGAAAGGAUUAAAGAACAUCAAAGAAAAAAUCAUAAGCUGAUGUUACAGAAAGUCAAAUCAAAGGCAAAAGCAACUCAGUUGCAAAAACAGCUCGCUCAAUAUCGCAACAUCAGUGCGCUGAUGACUUCCAAAAAUGCUAGAAGAAAUGCUCUGCUGGAACAGCUGGUUUUGAAUGAUCGUGUGCUGCAAAACUCUGGCCAGGGAAGCACACCUUUCAACACACAGUUGCAAAACACCGGUCAGGGAAGCACAUCUUUCAGCACACAGCUGCCAUGCUUUGAUAUAGGGGAUCAGGGAAACACAUCUUUCCACGAGGAUUUGAACUGGUUCCUGGACGGGUACAAUGCCUCAGUCGAACGUCAUAAACCGGAGAUAGAAUUGGUUGAGGUGGCUGCAAUGAGGGCAGCGCACGACCCAGAGUUGGAGAACGAAAGGCAGUCGCUUGUUGAUCCGGUCUUUGAUGUUGAUGACUUGUUAGUCAUGUUUUGAUAACUGAGACACUCAGGAAUAUGCGCUGACAAAUGCAUGGAGACAACAAGCAGCUGGAUGAUGAGGAGAGGGAAAGCAGGGAGACUGGAAGAUUGUUUACUGGCUUUGUUUUUUAUCCAGUUGUUCUUGAAGAUUUUGGGAGAUACUACCAUGGCUUCUCUUGUUUGUUUUAUUUUCUUUAUUUUGAUUUUGGAAGUACUCUGAUUCUAAGUUAUGUGUGGUUAAAUUGAAGUUUUUGAAAUUAAAAUAUUCUUUCGUAUCAUUCAUUUAAAGGAAUUGCUGAUUAUAUAACACGAAACCUUUCAGCUA